AUGGAUGGAUCAGUGGAUUUCUUUAGGAACUGGAAUGACUAUAAGAGAGGAUUUGGGAAUCAGAACAGUGAAUUCUGGCUUGGAAAUGAUAACAUUCAUCGCCUCACGUCCACAGGAACGUUUCAGCUACGGGUCGACCUUGCUGAUUUUGAAAACGGACGUUUUUACGCUUUGUAUGGCAAUUUCCGCAUCGAGGGGGAGACAAAUAACUACACACUGAGUGAAGUUAGCUACAGCGGAGGAACUCUGAGUGAUUCAUUUUCUCAGCACAGAAACAUUCAAUUUUCAACCAAAGAUCAUGAUAAUGAUAAAAGCCCUCACAGUUGUGCCAAUUCUUUCCAAGGAGGAUGGUGGUAUGAUAGUUGUCAUGAUUCCAACCUGAAUGGGCUUUAUUUAAGGGGUAACCACACCAGCUAUGCGAACGGCAUAAAUUGGAAAUCCAGUCGUGGGUAUCACUAUUCCUACAAAGUCUCUGAAUUGAAGAUUCGUCCCCAGUCUUAA